CUAAGCCAAGCCUCAGUGCCUAACCCCACUCUUAUCAUCUUCUCUCCAUUUCUCUCUUUUUAUACUUAGCUGUAGACAGAGAAGCUGUAGCAUCAGAAUUUGUGUUUGCAGUAAAUAACGCUGGUUCUCAGCUGACUUUAUUUUUUUGUCUUGAACGAAUCUAAGAUCGGAGGACCCUUUUGUCUGAAUUAGAGUUUCCAUUGUUGGGAAGAACAACAUGGUUGGCAUUUUUUCCAGAUUUUCUGUUGGCAGGGCUGGCCAUCGACGUUCCCAGAGUUCUCUUGAAGAAAGGGAAGUUAUGCCUCCAAAUCCGGAUGUUGUAGGUGCAGCUAUUGCUGCUACUGCUACUGCUCAUGGAAUUGAAGUAGCAGUUGAGUUUAAGCCAAUCGAACAUCCGAUUGAGCCUUUGGACAAUGAGCGACCAAUUCAAUGCCCACUACCUGAACCUUCAAUUCUAAAUGUAAGCUUUCGAGAGUUGUCUUUUGUUUCAGUUAAUGAGAUUCAUAUUAUUCAUAGGUUAUCAUUUUCUAGUAUUCAUGGUUAUGUAAUAAAGUGACCAUGUAGUUCUCAAAGCCAAUGAAGUUUGACAUUGUCAUUCAUUUUCCAUGUUGGUUCUCUGGAAUUGUUCAAAACCAUUUCUUAUGAACUUGUCAUUAAUUUUCAGAGAAUUAAACUUCUAUAAUUUAAAAUUCAUAUACUUUGCAUUACCUCUGUCAUCGGGAUGGAAGAAUCUGGAAGGAGCGAGUAUCAGCCAGUGUAAGAAGGGGAGCUGACUUGCCAGUUAUGGAGGAUGGAGGCACCUGUGAAUCUGAAGCUACUGGGACAAAACCCCGACCAACAUCUAAUCGCUUGAUUUUACCAUCUCUAAGUGCCCCAGAACAUAAUUUAUUAGAUCUCCUCGAAGAAUGUAAUGCAUCUGGGAUCUAAAGCCUGGUAUCAAAUCUUGAUUAGAGUUUAACUUGGAACAAUUUGCAUAUAUAAGUUCAAAGUGUAUUUUAUUUUUUGCCACCCAUUUUGUUGAAUAUAUAGAUCGUGGAAAUGUUACUCCCACACGUGUAAAUCUAACAGAUCACAUCCAAGAUUCAAUUCUCACCCUAGUGAUUACUCUUACCAUAUUUUUUUCCUAGAUAAAAGCUUCACCCCAUUUGUAUUUGUUUCAUUUGUUUUUACACCUUUCCUGGGACUUUAUCGCAUAAGGACUGACUGCAAGUGUGGUAACCAAUUAUUUGAAUCGGGUAGUCUUUUGUUUCCACUUUCACAAUCCAGUACUUAAUUCGAGGCUUGAAGACAUGGAGAUUGUCAUGACUCAGUUAGGUUCCAUGGCAUCCAAUUUUACGCUUGCAAUGGAUGAGUAUGCUUGUCAACUGCUUUUUUGGGUUCAUGAGAAAUUGUUAAAGGUGCUUAGGUAUAUCCUUGUGUGGUUCUCUUCUCUCUGUCUCUUCCUUGCACACAUUUAUGUAUUUGCUUUAUUAAAGUUAAUAAAGUCAGUUUCUCAACCCCCACUGUGUUUUUUUCUUUUUCUUCUUUAGAGACAUCGUUGUCAGGAAGGUAUCUGAUGAGAGCUUUUUCCUGACGGGUAUCGUACUUUGAGUUCGUCGCAAGCCAUUCCAUGAUUUUCACUGGAAUGGGGAGCUUAUCCCUUUUCUUGGUUUUCUGAAUUUUCAAGCCUUGCUUUACUACAACACACCACCCACCACUAAUCACCAAUUACCAAACCAAAGGACAAAAAAAAGGAGAGAAAAAUAUCAGCCAAUUACAUUUUCAUUCGUCUAUAUAUUCUUCAAAAGCAAGUAAUCAGUGGUUCUUUCGAUGAAUUCACCAACCCUGAAUUGAAAACAUCUGGAACACCAGUUUACUCAAUUAUCACCAUAGAUAUUAUUAAGGAGAUAAACAUCUUAGAUAUAGCUUGGCCUAGUUGGAAACUAGUGACUCUUUCAACAGUUGGGUUCAGCUAUUUCAAACGAAUUCUGCCAUAGUAAUAUAAAGACAUACAAAAGGAAAGCAUAAGCAGAUAAAUUAACUAUAUAGGCAGCUUGGGAAGCUGAAGUGGGUGCUCAAACGCUGGGCUGUGAAGGUGUUGCCGGGGGCCACGAAAGCUUCCAUGAUUCAUCCUCUGCUUCCUCUGCUGCAUCUGAUGUGAGUUUGCAACAUGAUUGUCUUGACCAAGUCCACCAACUCCAGUGGCGGCGGCUGGAUGGAUUGUCGUCAAUGACGCAAAUAUUAAAAGCAAAAGGAGAAGAAGAGAUGUAAACAAGGCCUUGAACUGCACCAUUGUGGCUUCAACUUUCAUGUCUUAAU